CCGGGACUAGGAAGAGGGGGAGGAGGUCCGGGACUCGCGACGGGACUAGGAAGUGGGGGAGGAGGUCCGGGACUCGCGCCGGGACUAGGAAGAGGGGGAGGAGGUCAGUAAGUUGGUGCUGAAAUCUGUACUGAACACAAUUGUUAUGACAUUAGGCGGCAGCUGGCGAUGCCGGAUGGAACAGCGUGGUGAGAAAAGGAUUAAAGAAGGCGGACGGUGAGCAUAUAUACCUACCUGGGCUAGCUUAUUGUGGCAAAUCCAUGUGGGAUGUGUAUUGACCAUUCGACCAUUGCAAGGGAGAGUUCAAACAUCUCUUACAGGGGCGUAAUUGUUUAAUUAACGCUUCUACAUAUUAGAGUGCAUAUAUCAAAAUGCUUGGGAACAGACUUCUGUGGGCUGUGGCCAGAUCCUGCUUGCAAAGACCUACGUAUUCUCUUCAUAAAAUUACUACCCCCCACACAUGCAAGGAUGUGCUAUUCAAGAGAAGGUGUUUCAGCUCGGGUGCUGGAGCAGAAUCUUCGUCCCCGUUGCAGAAAGAAGGUCAAAGUGGAGCCCUUUACAGAUUUUUGAUUUAUGGGAAAGAAAAGGUUCACGGAAAGUCUUACCUUCUGGCAAUAGCUGCUACUGGUUGUUUGGGAGCUGGUCUUCUUGUCGCGCUUGCUGAUGCAGGCCGUGAUAGCACCCGUUCGGAUUCCGAUGAAGCUGUGUCUCCAGAAGGUUCGGGGAAAAAGAAAGUUGUGAUUCUCGGCACAGGAUGGGGGGGCAUCAGUUUUCUUAAAAGCCUAGACGCAUCCAAGUAUGAUGUGCGAGUUGUUUCUCCUCGCAAUUAUUUUGUAUUUACCCCUUUGCUGCCAAGUGUCACAUCUGGUACUGUGGAGGCUCGGAGUAUCACAGAACCGAUUCGAAGGAUUAUACGGAAAAAAGAUGUGAAAUUCCAUGAAGCUGAGUGCACGAAAAUUGACGAGGCGAACAAGAAGGUCAUGUGUAGAGAUAUCUCCGAUGUAAAGUGUAAAGGAAAGGAGGAUUUCGAGCUCGAAUACGACUAUUUAGUUGUGGCUGUUGGAGCUACUUCUAAUACAUUUGGUACAAAGGGUGUUGAGGAAUACUGUCAUUUUUUGAAAGAGAUUGAAGAUGCUGAGAAGAUACGUGGACGAAUUGUUGAUUGCUUUGAGACGGCAAGUCUACCACACCUCUCAGACGAGGACAGGCGAAAGCUUCUCAGCUUUGUGAUAGUGGGUGGAGGCCCUACAGGAGUAGAAUACGCUGCCGAGCUUCACGACCUCAUUUAUGAAGAUCUAACUAGUUUAUACCCAGAAUUGCAGAAGAUCGUCAACAUAACCCUUGUUCAAUCGGGUGACCAUAUACUCAACACGUUCGACGGGCGUAUAAGUGAAUAUGCAGAAAAGAAGUUCUCUAGAGAAGGGAUUGAUGUGAAAAUUGGGAGCCGAGUUUUGGGUGUUACUGAAGAAACCAUUUCCUUUAAGUCGAAAGCAACCGGCAAGCUUAUGGAGAUCCCUUAUGGCAUGAUUGUUUGGUCAACAGGAAUUGGCACUCGUCCGGUGAUCGCUGACUAUAUGAAGCAGAUUGGGCAAACCGAUCGUAGGGUAUUAGCUACAGAUGAAUGGCUUCGAGUAAAAAAUACCGACGGAGUCUAUGCUCUUGGCGAUUGUGCCACAGUUGAACAACGUAAAAUUGCUGAGGAUAUUGCGGACCUAUUUAAGUUGGCGGACAAGGAUGGUGACGGUUACUUGUCUGUUUCGGAAUUUGUUGAUACGAUGGACAAUGUCAGAAUGCGCUAUCCCCAAAUUGAUCUUUAUAUGGAGCGGCAGCAUAUGGAAGGGGUAGUUGGACUCCUGAAUGAUGCCUUGAAGAAAGAGAAAAAUGUUAAGCUCGAUCUUGAACAUUUUAGCGAGGCGAUCUGUAAGGUCGACUCUCAGAUGAAAUCUGGACCAGCCACAGCUCAGGUUGCUGCUCAACAAGGCGAAUAUCUUGCUCUCUCUUUCAAUCAUAUGGCUAUGGGAAGUCCUGAUGAGGGCCCCAUCCGCGUUAGGGGAGGUGGUCGUCAUCGUUACCAUCCUUUUCGUUAUCGGCAUUUAGGCCAAUUUGCUCCUUUGGGAGGUGAAACAACUGCAGCUGAACUACCUGGAGAUUGGGUUUCCAUCGGUCGAAGCACGCAGUGGUUAUGGUACUCUGUAUAUGCCAGCAAACAGGUGAGCUGGCGUACUCGUGCGCUUGUGAUAUUUGAUUGGACCAAGCGAUUUGUAUUUGGGCGAGAUUCUUCUCGGAUGUGAUACUUCUUCUGUACUUUGGGAAAGGAAAUGUAAUAUGAUGGAGUAGAGAAUCGGUUAGAGCUAUGAAAAAAAUUAGCUCAGCUUAUCAUGGUCUUUACUUUGGAUUGAAUCGCUCUUGUACUCUCAUGAAAUCAACUUGCAGUUCGUCUAUCA